GUGACACCGCACCCGUACGUCCUUGAAAAUUGAUUCAAAAAUUCAAAGAUUAUGUAUUGGAUUUCUGAUUCCCAAACAAUUGUGAAACGAUUAAUGUUUUACGUAAAUAAUGGUCGAUUAGUGUACUGUUCAAACUCGUAUAUUAGUGUUGGGCGUGCAAACACUAUUUGGGUCUUACUAAUAAAUAAAAGAGCUCAACAUUUCCUAAAUAGGGAUACAUGAUCCUUCAAGACAAUUUGAGGAAGGUCGGGCGGCCCAAACAUUAUUUUGGGCCCAACCUGCUAAAAAUAGCAAGUAUUCGAGAAUGGCAUUCUAGACCCACUCGGGAGUGACCCACAUGGCUAGUAGCCCAAUAAUAUGUAUGACAAAUGUUACAUAAGUGAUAGAAUGAUUAAAGGAGAAUACAAAUGCCUAUAACCCCAUCUUUGGCAUUAUUGAGCUAAAUAAUGGGAGUAGGAUUUUCCUUCUAAAAUAUCCAUCAAGUAAAUUAUUGGGAUGAGCCUACACAUAUUGGAGAUCAAUAAUGUGAUUUAAUAAGUUGACUUGUUCUAAAUAAAUUAGGAUGAGUACAAAAAGACAUCUUUGACAAAAGAUAAAACAAUAGGACCCAUCUUCCUAAUUUUGGAAGUAUUGGUAGAUGUUUUGGACCCCAAAUUGAUUGGGAUCAUUUGGGGAGCACCCCACACCUUCUUGGCACCUGCAAAAUAAAGAGAAUGAGUUAAAAACCUUGGUUGGGGCGGACAAAAGGAGAGGGAGGCUGAACAUGACAUGUUUGUGAACCAAAUGGACCCUCUCCCCAUUUUUUUUGAUUGAGGUAUCUUGCUCAAUCAUCCCACAUGCCAACCCACUCCUAUCCUUUGACUUUUGAGGCUAAGUUAAGGCCAAGAUAACAUUUCCCCAGCUCCCAUUCGAACUCCCCAAGAUAAGAGGGAAGAAGAGAGCCACACAACCUAAAAGAGCAAGGAGAAAGCAAACUGCCCGCAGGUUUUUCCUCCAGUGAAAGGGUUACUUGUUUGCUUCAUAUCUCGAGUUAUACACAUCCAAAUAAGGCGUACGAGAUACCAACAGAAAGCUCUCAAGACGAGGAAUCCGUGAAGGUCUGGUUUGCAUCAAUCGGAGUAGUGGAAGGCUUCCAAAUUGACCGAGCAAAACACGACCUCGCAGGAAACGCUUUUGUAGUCAAAGAAUCGAGUUAGCCGGAAAACACCCGUUCUAGGGGCUGUUUUCGUAUCAACGAUUCGGGGUUGAAAUAGCAACUUGAGGAGGCUGUUUAGAACCCAUUUUCAAGCAAGGAACUAGUUCCCAAUCUUCCUUGGCCGAGGCUUUGGUCAUUGGAUCGAGAAGGGAGGUUUUAAAGCUCAUUUGAGGUUGAGGCUAGAGCUUGCUUCCUGUGCUCGUUGCUCGAGAGAUCAUCUAGGAGCGAAGACUUGGUUCGUGCUUCCUCCAUUCGGGUUUUAAACAUUAAUAAACAUGCUCAUGGAUAUUUUACUAUAGAGCCUGCGUGCUCAUGAAUAGCCCGGUGUGGCCUUUUGUUUUAAACAAUGUUUUCCGCUGCGUUAUGAAUUACUUAUUAUGUUUGUUUAUGGAUGUUAUAUGUGUGAAUGAUAUUCAUGACGCCUUGUAUAAUAUGAAUGUGUUGGGCUGCGGUUGACUAUUCGUAUUGUACGGCGGGUUGUUGACGUGUCCGGGUAGGUCCGGGGCGUGACAAUUGAGUUGGUAUCAGAGCCCUUAGUCCAUAAACUUCAUAAUGAAGUCUCAAAAUUCUCUUUUCAAAAUGAUUUUUGAAAACCAUGAGCAAAAACGUUUUGUACUUAAGAACUUUUGGUGUUUGAGUUGCAAGGUCUCUAAUUGUUAAGAUGGCGCCCUUAACGAUUGGUAUGGCGGUGACUUGGCCCAAGAGAUGUCUUAAGUGCCUAUCUGUCAGUUGACAUUUGAAACGAGUCUAAUGACUCAUUCUAAUUAUUUCUUUCAGCGAUGGUGGGUGAUGGUGGUAUUAUGAAUAGGGAGAACUCGGAAGGGCUUGCACCGGGUGGAACCGGGCAUGUCAACCGAGAAAAGCCCUUAGGACCAAAGGUGCAUGAAAUUCUUGAAGCUCAAAUCGUGAGUGGUGGUCAUGUUAAGACCAAGGAAAAAUCACCUUGUUAUGGCAAAACUGAACCACUCAAGGCUUCGGGUGACGAAGGAGAUGGUUUGAGUGAUGAGGACCUUGAUAAUGCACCCAUUGAACAAAUGGGCAUGGUCAUAAAUUGGCUUCAACGUGAACGUGCAAGACUUAUACAAAAACGCCAAGCUAGGCAAGCUAAGGACGCACCCUUAGGAAGGAAAAGAAAAUGGGGAGACCACGACCCCCAAGGACAUUCUAGGAGGACAAAUGUUGAGGGUGACAAAACCUUCGGGGUACACACAUUAUCGCUUGGGAGGAGUCGAGGCUCGGGUGGCCAGAACUCGAGGUCAAGAGGUUCGAGAGUACCUAAGUGCACAAAUUGUAAGAAGCACCACCCGGGUAAGUGUUGGGACCCUCCUAGGUGCUACCGAUGCAGAGAGAUUGGACACACGAAUGCGAAUUGCCCACAACUUAUACCCGACCAAACUUUGGGCUCAAGUAGUACGACUAUAGGCAUACGGAGUCAAGCCGGGGCCUCUCGAGCAAGUAAGGAACAUGGCGGAGCAAGUGUGAGCAACGCGCCGUCCGUGAAUCAAGGGAGGACUCAAGCUAGGGUCUACGCGAUGACGGAGGCGGAUGCUCAAGCUAACCCGGAUUCCGUUGCAGGUAUUGCCUCUCGUAUACUAGUGUUUUACCCUUAAUUAAUCCAUAAAUUGAGGUUACUAAUCGCUAGGAUCAUUGCACAAGGUUUUGGGGUCAAACCGGGGGAUUUCGGGCAACUUCAGGCGGCUGGGACCCAGGCACGAUCGUGCCUAAGGCAGACACGAUCGUGCCUCCAAGUCAGUAGCUGCCCAGGAAUUUCCCCAGCCCAGGCACGAUCGUGCCUAAGGCAGACACGAUCGUGCCUACAAGGCAGUAGCUCCCCAUGUGUUUCUCCAAACCAGGCACGAUCGUGCCUAAGGCAGACACGAUCGUGCCUCCAAGGCAGUAGCCCCCAGGGCUUUUUCUUGAGCCAGGCACGAUCGUGCCUACACCAGGCACGCCGUGCCUGGCACCCAGAUUGCCGAAAUAUGAUUUUUCGCACCGUUUUGCGACGAUAAGACCUUUUCUUGAUCCCUAACAUGCGUGUGAACAUUGUAACCUCCUAUAAAUGAUUAGGGAGGGUAGGAGAAAUGUCUUACAUGGUUCAUGAAUGUAGGGACACUAAAGAUUAAUGGGAAGGAUGCGCGAAUCCUUAUCGAUACCGGGGCGCAACGUUCAUUUGUGAAUGAAGCGGUCGCCAAGAGGUUGGGGGUGCAAUCCGCACCAUUGAUGCAAACCUUAGUGGUAUCAACACCAUUAGGAGAUGACGUGGAAAGAACUUGUUAUUAUCCAUCUUGUGGGGUGGAGGUUAAUGGUCAAACCUUGACGUGUGACUUCGUACCGCUGGGCAUGAUUGAAUUCGAUGCAAUCCUAGGGAUGGAUUGGCUAGAAGGGAACCAUGCUAGGGUAGAUUGCUACACGAAGGUUCUUGAACUCGAAGGCAAUGAUGGGGAGACCCUACGCUUCGAGGGCGAUCGAGGGAGAUCAAAUAGCUGUAUCAUAUCCGCCGUGAGAGCGAGAAAUAUGAUGAGAAAGGGAUGUCACGCAUAUCUAGCAUACGUGGUUGACAAAACCAAAGAGGAAACGAUCAUUGAUGAUGUGAGGGUGGUUUGCAAGUAUCCGGAUGUCUUCUCUAAAGACCUACCGGGGCUGCCACCUGACAGGGAGAUUGAAUUUGUGAUCGAGGUCGAGCCUGGUACCAAACCAAUCUCCAUACCGCCAUACCGUAUGGCACCCGCUGAACUUAACGAGUUGAAAACCCAAUUGCAAGAGCUUUUGGAUAACGGUUUCAUUAGACCAAGCCACUCCCCGUGGGGAGCACCAGUUCUUUUUGUGAAAAAGAAAGAUGGGACACUUCGAAUGUGUAUUGACUAUCGUCAACUGAACAAGGUCACAAUCAAGAAUAGGUAUCCUUUGCCUAGAAUUGAUGACUUGUUUGACCAACUACGAGGGGCAACCGUGUUUUGAAAGAUUGAUUUGAGGUCGGGUUACCAUCAAUUGAAGAUUAAGGAAGACGACAUUUUGAUUUACUCAAAGAGUGAGGAAGAGCAUGAAGAGCACUUGAUACUCGUUCUUGAGACACUACGGGAGAAGCAACUUUAUGCCAAAUUUUCUAAAUGUGAAUUUUGGCUAAAGGAAAUUGGCUUUCUCGGGCAUGUGGUUUCGGGAUCGAGAAUUGCUGUUGAUAAUAAGAAGGUAGAGGCCAUUACCGAAUGGGAGAGACCAAAGAAUGUCAAGGAAAUUCGUAGUUUCCUUGGAUUGGCAGGCUAUUACAGAAAGUUCGUGGAAAAGUUCUCUGUUUUGGCGUCGCCGUUGACGAAGCUCACUCGAAAGGGAGCUAAGUUUAUAUGGGAUGACAAAUGUGAGAAAGGAUUCAUCGAACUGAAGAAGAGAUUGACCGAGGCACCGGUACUUGCAUUACCCAAACAGGGUGUGGGGUACGAUGUCUAUAGUGACGCGAGCAUCCAAGGGUUUGGGUGUGUGUUGAUGCAGGAAGGGAGGGUAAUUGCCUAUGCUUCACGACAGUUAAAGAAGCAUGAGGUAAAUUAUCCUACCCAUGAUCUGGAGUUGGGAGCGGUGGUGUUUGCACUGAAGAUUUGGAGACAUUAUCUCUACGAAGAGACAUGUCACAUAUAUACCGACCAUAAGAGCUUGAAGUACGUGUUUACUCAGAAAGAGUUAAACAUGAGACAGAGACGGUGGAUGGAGUUGAUAAAGGACUACCAUCUAGUUAUUGAGUACCAUCCAGGUAAGGCAAACGUUGUAGCAGAUGCCCUCAGCCGGAAGAGCUCGUCUGGGCAUUGUUGACUAGUUUGAGGACACUGAGGGCCCAAUUGGAGGUAUCUAGCAACGGUGCUUUAUUGGCACGGUUCGAAGUAAGACCGACUCUACUUGAUGAGAUCAAGAAGGGUCAAGAGAAGGACACAGAACUUAUGAAGGUCCGGGAACGCAUGCCAGCGGGACCGGUGGAGGAUUUCAGGGAAAGAGAUGAUGGCCUCUUAUUAUUUCGUGACCGAGUGUGUGUACCGGCAAAUGACGAGCUCCGAAAGUCCAUCUUAGAGGAAGCUCAUUCAUCGGCGUAUGCCAUGCACCCAGGGGGCACGAAGAUGUACCGUGACAUGAAGGAGAGCUACUGGUGGUCAGGUAUGAAGAGAGAAAUAGCCGAAUAUAUCAGUCGAUGCCUUACUUGUCAACAAGUUAAGGCAGAGCAUCAGCAUCCAACAGGCUUAUUGCAACCACUUUCCAUUCCUGAAUGGAAGUGGGAACUCGUGACUAUGGAUUUUGUGGUAGGAUUGCCACGGACAAUCAGGAACUAUGAUGCAGUUUGGGUCGUUGUAGAUAGGCUCAUGAAGAGUGCACACUUCUUGCCUAUCAACACUACUUACCCACUUGAGAGGUUAGCCAAAUUGUAUACGGAUGAGAUCGUGAGGCUGCAUGGGGUCCCAGUGACCAUUGUAUCCGAUAGAGACCCACGAUUCCUAUCACGUUUUUGGCCAAAAUUUCAGGGGUCUAUGAGAAUGAGGUUGAAGUUCAGUACUGCUUUCCAUCCACAGACGGAGGGGCAGUCAGAAAGGGUUAUACAGAUCAUAGAGGAUACGUUGAGGGCUUGUGCAUUGAUUGGAGUUCCAAGGAAGUUGGGACAACCACUUGACACUUGUGGAAUUUGUCUGUAACAACAGUUAUGAGGCAAGCAUCGGUAUGCCACCAUGCGAGGCAUUGUAUGAGAGGAGGUAUCAUACACUGUUAUGCUGGGGUGAGGUUGGCUUGACCAAACUCGAGGGUACUGAGUUGGUUGAGGUCACCAAAUCAAAGGUGAAAUUGAUUCGAGAGAGACUCAAAGCGGCUCAGGAUAGGCAAAAGAGUUAUGCAGAUAAGCGUCGAAGAACCUUAGAGUUUAAGGUUGAUGACGAGGUAUUCUUGGAAGUUUCUCCUUGGAAAGGGAUCAUUCGAUUCCAAACCCGAGGGAAGCUUAACCCUCGAUACAUAGGUCCAUUCAGGAUUAUAGAGAGGAUUGGGGCCGUUGCAUAUCGUCUACAGUUGACUCCUGAAUUAGAGAAGAUACAUAAUGUGUUUCAUGUAUCCAUGCUUAAGAAGUAUGUACAUGAUCCCUCCCACGUAUUGGAGAAGCCGCCUGUAGAGGUACGUGAGGAUUUGAACUACGCUGUGCAACCAAUCAGGGUCACCGAUAGGAAGGUGAAGAAACUGAGGAGCAAGGAAGUCCCAAAGGUUAAGGUACUUUGGAAGAGCGAUCGGGUCGAAGAAGAGACAUGGGAAACAGAAGCUUUGAUGAGGAAGCAGUAUGCUUUCCUAUUCGAGUAGAGCUGUGAAUUUCGGGGACGAAAUUCCUGUUAAGGGGGGGGGGGGGGGGGGUGAACUUGUGACACCGCACCCGUACGUCCUUGAAAAUUGAUUCAAAAAUUCAAAGAUUAUGUAUUGGAUUUCUGAUUCCCAAACAAUUGUGAAACGAUUAAUGUUUUACGUAAAUAAUGGUCGAUUAGUGUACUGUUCAAACUCGUAUAUUAGUGUUGGGCGUGCAAACACUAUUUGGGUCUUACUAAUAAAUAAAAGAGCUCAACAUUUCCUAAAUAGGGAUACAUGAUCCUUCAAGACAAUUUGAGGAAGGUCGGGCGGCCCAAACAUUAUUUUGGGCCCAACCUGCUAAAAAUAGCAAGUAUUCGAGAAUGGCAUUCUAGACCCACUCGGGAGUGACCCACAUGGCUAGUAGCCCAAUAAUAUGUAUGACAAAUGUUACAUAAGUGAUAGAAUGAUUAAAGGAGAAUACAAAUGCCUAUAACCCCAUCUUUGGCAUUAUUGAGCUAAAUAAUGGGAGUAGGAUUUUCCUUCUAAAAUAUCCAUCAAGUAAAUUAUUGGGAUGAGCCUACACAUAUUGGAGAUCAAUAAUGUGAUUUAAUAAGUUGACUUGUUCUAAAUAAAUUAGGAUGAGUACAAAAAGACAUCUUUGACAAAAGAUAAAACAAUAGGACCCAUCUUCCUAAUUUUGGAAGUAUUGGUAGAUGUUUUGGACCCCAAAUUGAUUGGGAUCAUUUGGGGAGCACCCCACACCUUCUUGGCACCUGCAAAAUAAAGAGAAUGAGUUAAAAACCUUGGUUGGGGCGGACAAAAGGAGAGGGAGGCUGAACAUGACAUGUUUGUGAACCAAAUGGACCCUCUCCCCAUUUUUUUUGAUUGAGGUAUCUUGCUCAAUCAUCCCACAUGCCAACCCACUCCUAUCCUUUGACUUUUGAGGCUAAGUUAAGGCCAAGAUAACAUUUCCCCAGCUCCCAUUCGAACUCCCCAAGAUAAGAGGGAAGAAGAGAGCCACACAACCUAAAAGAGCAAGGAGAAAGCAAACUGCCCGCAGGUUUUUCCUCCAGUGAAAGGGUUACUUGUUUGCUUCAUAUCUCGAGUUAUACACAUCCAAAUAAGGCGUACGAGAUACCAACAGAAAGCUCUCAAGACGAGGAAUCCGUGAAGGUCUGGUUUGCAUCAAUCGGAGUAGUGGAAGGCUUCCAAAUUGACCGAGCAAAACACGACCUCGCAGGAAACGCUUUUGUAGUCAAAGAAUCGAGUUAGCCGGAAAACACCCGUUCUAGGGGCUGUUUUCGUAUCAACGAUUCGGGGUUGAAAUAGCAACUUGAGGAGGCUGUUUAGAACCCAUUUUCAAGCAAGGAACUAGUUCCCAAUCUUCCUUGGCCGAGGCUUUGGUCAUUGGAUCGAGAAGGGAGGUUUUAAAGCUCAUUUGAGGUGAGGAUCGACAUCUAGUUGCUUACAACUUGUAGGUUAAGCAUGAGAUUACCUAAAUGCCUAAAUAAUGUUUUCCAUGGAUUAUGAUGAUAAACUAUUGAUGGAAUAUUGAUCUAUUUUCCAAAGAAUGAAAUGGGAAAUGAUUUGGUGAAGUAUUGAUAAAAAUGGAGUUAAAUGAACUAUUGUGUGAAAUAGGCAUUUUACUCAUGUGUGCAUUGUGUAGAUACAUAAAUGAUUAUUUAUGUAUUACAUUGAAUGAUUUAGUUGCUGCUACAUAUCUCUAAAUAUGUAGGGUUUUACAAAUGGAAUAUAUGAUGGAUAAGAAUAAUCUUAAUAGUAUUGAAAUACUAGUUAAUGAUUGUUGUAAUUGUUAAGGAAUUGAAUCUAUGGAUUUGAUUGAAAUUGAUGAACUUGAUUGUGAUGCAAGUGACUAAAUUGAUGUAAUGUGAUGCUAAGACCAUGGUUGGGCAGUCCGUAAGGACGUCCCAAAAUAGAUUAUGGAUAUUACAAUUCUAGGCAUAGUGAGUGCUUAGGAAUUGGGGUCUAUGCCAAUGUAAGGAGAUGUACUUGAGCCGUGCUCAUAGAAUUGCAUUGGGUAGACAUGAUGAGGUGAUUGUAGUGCUUAGGAAUUGGGGUCUAUGCCAAUGUAA